AUGUCACUUGCUAGACAUGUCAAUCCCGAGGACAUCAUACACCAUCUACAGCAUGAAGAUACGGGCCCAUUAAUUGCUCAAGCAAUACCUGGAUCUUCUCAUCUCACUCCAUUUUCUACACCGUAUGCCAGCAGGCGUGACAUCCCCAAAUACAGGAUCCCGCAGCACGGCACCCCUGGUGACACAGUGUACCAGAUGCUCAAGGAUGAGCUUGAUCUAGAUGGCCGUCCAAAUCUGAACCUGGCCAGUUUUGUUAACACCUACUUGGAGGAUAAUGCUAAAAGCCUCCUGAGUGCCAAUGCUAACAAGAAUCUCGCUGACAACGACGAGUAUCCUGCACUCCUGGAUCUUAGCAAACGUUGUGUUAGCAUUUUGGCCCACCUCUGGGGUGUUCAGAAGGGCGAGAAGGCUGUCGGCUCUCCAACUGUAGGCUCAUCCGAAGCCAUACAUUUGGGCGGACUGGCCAUGAAGCGUAGUUGGCAGCAACGUCGCAGGGAGCAGGGGAAAGAUGCAAGCCGACCGAACAUUAUCAUGGGGGCCAAUGCACAGGUUGCACUGGAAAAGUUUGCGAGAUACUUCGACGUCGAGGCGAGGAUACUACCAGUAUCAGCGAAGAGCAAGUAUCGCCUGGACCCAGAGCUGGUACGUGAAAAUGUGGAUGAAAACACCAUUGGGGUGUUUGUCAUCUUGGGAAGCACGUACACCGGGCACUACGAGCCUGUAGAGGAGGUCGCACAAGUGCUAGACGAGUAUCAGAAGAACACUGGGAUCGAUAUCCCGAUUCAUGUUGAUGCUGCCAGCGGGGGGUUCGUGGCCCCCUUUACCUUUGCUGGGGCAGGUGGAGCUAAGUGGAACUUUGAAAUUCCACGCGUCCACUCCAUCAACACCUCUGGUCAUAAGUACGGUCUGGUGACCGCAGGACUGGGCUGGAUUAUCUGGCGUGAUGAAGCGUAUCUGCCACAGGACCUCAUAUUCAAGCUCCAUUACCUGGGCGGCACGGAGGAGUCGUUCACCCUUAACUUCUCGCGGCCUGGCGCCCAGGUGGUAGUGCAGUAUUAUAAUUUUAUCCAUCUCGGGUUCGAUGGCUAUCGCGAAGCCAUGGAGAAUUGCCUGGCCAAUGCCCGAAUGCUGUCCAAGAGCUUGGAAGAGACGGGAUGGUACACCUGUGUCAGCGAUAUCCAUCGUCCAGUUCAAGGAAAAAGAGAACCAAAGGGAGGAGAAACAUCAGCUUCUUACGUUGCUGGUCUUCCUGUGGUGUCAUUCCGCCUAACUGAUGACUUCCGCCGUCAAUUCCCUCACAUUCAACAGGAAACAAUUUCGUUGUUGUUACGGGCGCGCCAAUGGAUCAUUCCCAACUAUGCACUACCCCCCAAUGUGAAUUCCACAGAAAUCCUGAGGGUCGUGGUGCGCGUCAACAUGAGCCUUGAUAUGCUUGACCGGUUGAUCACAGAUAUUGUACAGGUUACAGAGAUGCUGAUGGAACGAGAUGAGGUCGAUUUGUCAGUGUUAAAAGAGCAGAGAGAGAGGAGGGAGGAGGUACAAGAGAAGGAUAAAGAACACAGAAGGCAAAAACACAGGAGGGACAAAGUGGAGGGGGUUGAGAAGAAGAGAAUGGAAGAAGGCAUCCAUCGGGGUCCCGUCCCUACCGAGUUUAUCCACCCCAAUCAAAUAUUUUUCAAGGAGACAACAACCAGCAUCUACCAGGAGCGCAGGCGACCUCGUGGCGAGUUGGUUGCUCUUGGAGAGGUGCUUCCUCGGCAGGAAGGAGAAACACUGGGUCAGUGGAUUAGCAGGCUUGAGAUGGUGAGAGAUAUGACUCUGGAUUGGGCAGAACAGUACGAGAUGUCGAAGCUGGCUAGCCGCUUGGGGAGUCGAAGUGCCAGUCCUGAGAAUUUGGACUAUUUUUAUUCCAAACAGAGCCCUCAGGUGCACCUCCCAACACUAUGGAAACUCUGCGGAGCCAUUCCCCGGGAGUUUCCUCAGGAUGAAGACAAGAUCGAGGAGGUGGCUGCUAGAUCUACAGACGAACAUUACCUCGCCCGCUUUACUACCAUUUUCAGGAAUGCUCUGUCGAAAAGCCAGGUGAGAAUCAGCUCGCUUGCCCCUGGUUCGCCUCCAGGCCAGCUAACCCAGGGGUCAGAUAUCGAGCCAACGACGAACCAAAGACCACGAGCGCCGGCGCUCAAAAAGGCCACCGACUCCUUGAUUAUUCAUCGAAACCGGAAGCUUUUCAAGAGAGCUCUAAAAUUCCUGGACAGGUUCCCGGACGACGAAGAGGCGCAAGAAGAGUACAUAACCCUCUGGCUGGAGGAUACCCAUUUGCGCUCCAAGGACACCAGUCAGGUAACCCUCCACGCGGCGCUUAUUUCUUCAAAGAUAGACUCUUCGAACGACGAAGGUAAUGACAUGGACGAAUCGAGCUUCCUCGAUUUCGACCUCGAUGGGUGGAUUGAGAAGUGUUUUGGGGCGCUAUAA